CUCAGCUAAUCGGGGGGUGAUCGAAAAUAUUUCUGUGACUGCAUUCCCUGAGGCGCAUCAGGCUUAUUGAGAGCAAGGGUACUGAUUCGCGUAUACCGGUCAGGCAGAGGCGGGCCCAAUAUAAACAACUGGGUUUCUAAUCAAUCAGCAGACUCAGUUUGACUUGCACAGUCCGCCUACGCGGAUCCCUAUAGUAAUGGCGGCGUGGCUGGGUGGGCUUCUGCUGCUUAUAUUCCCUUUGGCACUGGCGCAGCAGCCAGCAUGUGACGGAUACGAGGUGUUGGAUGGGUUCUGUCUGCCAGAAGUGGGUACACCGGCUCGGCAGGCGAUGAAUGAGCUUGUCUCCUCAGGGAACGCCAGCUCCGAGCAGGAGUGUUGGGAACUUUGCUGCUCCACUGAGCACUGCGACUUGGCUGUGAUGGAAGAGGGAAGCUGCAAACUGAUCGGCUGUCUGUAUAGUGGCUUCAAUAUGUGUGAACUGGAGAGCAAGGAAGGAACCAGAAGUUAUCGCAGAAAGGACAUUGGGCCAACACCCACCCUGAAAGAUUUCUGUUUACCAGAAGCUGUCACAGGACCAUGCAGAGCUGCUUUUGAAAGGUGGUGGUACAACCCAAAUACCCAGACCUGCGAAAACUUUACUUAUGGGGGCUGCAAAGGGAACCUAAACAAUCAUAUUGGCGAGGAGGUGUGCAUGAAUAAAUGUGCUGGAGUAACAGCUGAAAUGUCUAAUGAUAUCUUGCCACCAAGUAAACGUAUGGCGGAAGCAAAUUCAGACCCAGCUUGUACUGGGAAAGGCGUAAUAGGCAACUGCCGAGCUUCCUUCCCUCGUUGGUACUUUGAUGCUGAAUCACAGAACUGCAUAUCUUUUACAUAUGGUGGAUGUGGCGGCACUGAAAACAACCAUAAAUCUGUGCAGGAAUGCGCAGACAGGUGUAUUGUUUCCAAACCAGAGCCUGCAAAAGUUCAAGCUCCCAUGACUGGCAGCUUCAGCGAGUACUGUGCAGCACCAAGUUUGACUGGUCCGUGCCGUGCUUCUUUCCGUCGCUGGUACUAUGAUGUAACAACUGCAACCUGUGUUGCAUUCACUUACGGAGGAUGUCGUGGGAACAAAAACAACUACCUUUCUGUGGAAGACUGUGUGAAAAAUUGUGCUGGACGCUUAGAUGAUGAUCACACUUCAGAUCAAACUGUGCUACAUCGUUCCAUUACUGCUGUGGUGCUACCUGCAUUACUUGCUAUCCUGGCUGGAAUCUUGCUGCUUGUUAUGAUUGUGUUCUUUGUCAAGAUGGCAAAGAAGAAUCAGCGGGAUGCACAUUUUGGAGCCAUUUGGAGCCCCAUUGAUGACAAGGAAUGCUUAAUGAACAAUGCCUACACCCUCUAAACAUAGAAUUAAAUAUCCACAUUAAAUACACUCCAUGUUGCAACUGUAAAGAAGUGUCAUUUUGCAGAGAGGGACAUGCAGACAGAACCUACCACAUGAUUGACAGAUUUUAGUUACCUGACCUUAGGUUUGAUAUAUAUUUCUAAAAAAAUUAACACCCGCCAAUACAAAAAGUGCUAUUGAGAGUUAAACUUAAAUAGCAAUAACAUUAAUGCAUGACUCUGCUACUAUGUACUGGUUAUGGAUUCUCAGUUACUAAUAGAUCUGAGAUUUAAACUCAUUGAGGCCCAGUAGUUGCUGAAAAAACAUUUUAGAACAAACAGGCACAACUUAUUAUUGAUCAGCGUGCAGUUUGAGUCAAACAUUUUCUGUUCUGAAUGCACUAAUUUACAGAGCUUCUAAUCAUCACUAUUGCUUAAAUACUAGUUCCCCAAAAACUCAUAUUGCAGGUUUUGCACUGAAUGCAACAGGAAAUUCCCUGGCAUGAGCUUAAAAAAACCUCACCAUCAUGCAUCCAGGCAGCAAUAACUAGUGGAUUGCUUUUUUCAGCACUUCCCACUGCAGCCAGUUGGGAAGGACUUGUGGCAUGUUUUAUAGCUUUUUUUUGGAUACCUAGGAUAAAUUCUCAGCAGUCUUACAACUUCUGUAAUUUUGACAUUUAAAUUUUCACCUAUAUAAGUCUGAGUCCCAUGAAAUAAAUUCAACCUUUUUUUUAAGUAGCUUUUACUUAUGCAAUUUUGUUGCUACCCUGGCAGCAAGAAAGCCCUUUAAAUCUUGCCUAGUAGUGAUGAAAACUGCCUUUGUUACAAAAGCAACUUUUUUUUUUUUCCUUAUAUAUAUUUUCUGUCCAUCAGCACAGACUUAGUUGCUGUUUGCUUUGCUCUCAUUUUAUUAUGUAGAGAUGUCAAAAUCUUUAAAUUAAUUACUGAUAUUAUGUAGUUCUCCUUGUGGGUAGUUACUUUGGUAAGGAAACAUUGCCACAUCUGGAAUGUCACUGUAUUUCACUAUAUUUGUGGAGUCUUUAAAAGUGUUUAUCCCAAAUGCUUUUCCUUUUCCUUUUUUUAUUAGUCUUGAUUUUGGUGAGAUUUUGAAUCAUAAAUUGGGUUGUUUGUUUUUAAGGAGUGACAUUUUAUUUUUUCAUAUACAACUUGUAACUUCUAAUAAAGGUUAGUCUGGAAA